UCUGUCAGUGAUCUGCGUUCCCUUCACAUCACCGGGAGGACGGAGAGGUUCCGGCUGCGUUCAUAAACAGGGCUAACAAACGUCACGUCUGACAGCGAGUGUGGGGUGUGCGCGAGCGACAGCGGCCAGCUAAGCGCACUAUUGUCGCGGCUGCUGAAAGUCCGGGCAACUUCUGCUCUGGCGGAUUUCUUCUCCACCAACAUUUAAACCCUGAAAGCGAUGGUGGUGGCGUGCCGGACAACCUUCGCGGAGGCUACACUUACGGCUGGGAUUGAGAAUUCGAGUCUGGAUGUAGCUGAUUGGAGUGAAAGAGUUGGUGAUCAACGAGUGGAGGAGGAGGGGAGAAUCUGAAGUGGGUUUUUAUGUGUGACUCUCAGGCGGCCAUGUUAACCAAGAAACCGUGCGCUGCCAUCUAUCCUUCUGGUAAGGGCGGUGAGGCUGGUUGCCAGACACAGUCUUCCCCCGGAAUCGGCGCUGGGGGUCACCGGACCGGAGACGAAUCCGACACACCGUCUCCUGUCACGCUGCCACCGCUUAAAACCCCAAACUCCAUCUCGGUUGGAAACUCCAGGCACACAAUGAAUGACCAUUUGCAUGUUGGGAACCACCAGCAGAGCCAGGCUCAACAGCUGUUCGAGGAGAACAUUAACAAGCGGGCAGUAUUGACAGCGCAACCGAAUGGUCUGGCCCCUGUGGGUCGGAGUGGCCUCCCAAUACAAGAUAGGGUGCAAGAGGGUGUCCUCUGUCGGCAGGGCAGCUCAAACUCUCUCAAAUCCUCCGACAGCAAAGCCAGACCGGCUCCCAUGUCCCCGGAGCAGGCCAUGAAGCAGAACGUGUCCAAACUGACAGCUUUUGAGCAUCACGAGAUAUUCAACUACUCGGAGAUCUACUUUGUCGGCCCGAAUGCCAAGAAGAGGCCUGGUGUGGUUGGAAGCCCCAACAACAACGGCUACGACGAUGACCAGGGCUCCUACAUCCACGUGCCUCAUGACCACGUCGCCUAUCGUUAUGAGGUGCUCAAAGUCAUCGGUAAGGGAAGCUUUGGCCAAGUGGUGAAGGCUUAUGACCACAGAACGCACCAGCAGGUGGCACUCAAGAUGGUACGAAAUGAGAAGCGCUUCCACAGGCAGGCGGCAGAGGAGAUCCGCAUCCUCGAGCACCUACGCAAGCAGGACAAAGAUGCCACCAUGAAUGUUGUCCACAUGUUGGAACACUUCACAUUCCGGAGCCACAUCUGUAUGACCUUUGAACUGCUCAGUAUGAACCUCUAUGAACUCAUAAAGAAGAACAAGUUUCAAGGCUUCAGCCUGCCUCUAGUACGCAAGUUUGCGCACUCUAUUCUCCAGUGCCUGGACUCCUUGCAAAAGAACCGGAUCAUCCACUGUGACCUCAAGCCUGAGAACAUCCUGCUCAAGCAGCAGGGUCGCAGUGGUAUAAAAGUAAUUGAUUUUGGUUCCAGCUGCUACGAGCACCAGCGGGUGUAUACCUACAUCCAAUCCCGCUUCUACCGUGCACCAGAGGUCAUCCUAGGGUCACGCUAUGGGAUGCCAAUCGACAUGUGGAGCUUAGGUUGCAUCUUGGCGGAAUUACUGACGGGGUACCCUCUUCUGCCUGGGGAAGAUGAAGGGGACCAACUGGCUUGCGUCAUCGAGCUUCUGGGUAUGCCAUCCCAGAAGCUUCUCGACGCAUCAAAAAGAGCCAAAAAUUUUGUGAGUUCUAAGGGUUUCCCACGUUACUGUGUAGUAACCACCUUGCCGGAUGGUUCCGUGACGUUGAAUGGGGGACGCUCACGUCGGGGCAAAGUCCGGGGUCCCCCUGGGAGCAAGGAGUGGUCGACAGCUCUCAAAGGCUGCGACGAUCCUUUGUUCCUGGACUUCCUCAAGCAGUGCCUGGAGUGGGACCCAUCUUUACGCUUGACCCCCAGCCAGGCCUUGCGACACCCCUGGCUCAGGAGACGCUUGCCAAAACCCCCAGCUGGGGAAAAGGUCCCUAUGAAGUGUAUCCCAGAAGGUUCUGGGACCGUAACGUCUGUCUCGAAAUUACCUCCCCCCUUGAGCUCAUCCACCAAGCUGAGGACUAACCUGGCUCAGAUGACUGACGCCAAUGGGAAUAUCCAACAGAGGACGGUGUUACCGAAAUUAGUGAGCUAAGCCGGGACCAGAUCUGUCUAGUAAUUUAUUCUUUUUUAAAGAGGAAGUAGCCUGUGUCUGAUGUCAGGAUGAGGUGCGAAGGAGAGUGGUCUCUCACUGGCUAUUUCUGUGUGAAGUCUGUGCAAAGAUUUUAGCCUUUUUUUUUGUAAUGGUUGGCUUUGUUUUGCACCUUGGUUUUUAAAGUUUUUUAACUAAAAUGGAGCCAUGCUUUUAGGUUCUUAUCUCAGGACUGUAUGUGAUGUUCCAUGUCGCCAUGCAAACUGACCCAAUAUAUUACUGAAGCCCAAGUCAUUUAAGUCUGUGUCGGGGGACUGACGUGGCUGGCCGUGCUGCGGUGGUGAGCGUUUGCAGUGCAGGGCUGAGAGCUGUCCCGCACCGUGGCUUGGCCGCCGUUAUCACUGCCAUUGCGUGGACGAAGGAGGCGGCAUCUACCACGGCUUCCUCCUCAUACCUGUGUCAACAGCUGCGUAGUCGUUGUUGCUGGUUUUAAAUAUAUCCGUGCCUCUUUGAUUCUAAGGUUACAAACACAGACCUCUUCUGCUCGACGGUGAUUCUUUCCAACAAGUUCCCAGGAUUUGAAAUGCAAGCUUUAAGUAAACAAGGAUAUGUAAGUGACAUGGAGGUGGGCAAUGAAGUAACAAAAAAAAGAAAAGAAAAACGUGCAAAAAAAAAAAAACAAAACAUACAGAAUCCUUUUGUUUUAAUGUUAAAAAUGUGUUCACAUUAUGCUUUUGGUAUGUGCCUAAAAUUGUCUCGACAUUCCUUAUUGGCUGAAAGAUGGGAAUUGCGGAGUAGAUGCAUCUGUGCAAAUCACAGUUCAAGGUCAUGUCUCUGCCAUGACACCACAUGAUUUAAGUGAAAGUAAUGAAGAUCGGGCGGAUUUAUAUCCACAUCACCCUUACCUUGUGGCUCAGGUCUCUUUCUGGUCCUGCUCAUUCUCUGAGCAGCAGCAAACUAUGACGUUUUACAGUUGGGUAUUUAAAAUGACACAUUCUGGUGCUCUACCUUUUUAUUAAGGUACUUUUUUAAAUAUAAUAAAACCAUGUUAAUUGACUUAUGUAGUGGGUUGGAAAAUAUUUUCUGUGUUGCCUUUAGCAAGGAAUUGCGUGACACAGAUCUUUUAAAGGAAACCUGUGUGUGUUUGACAAAUUACAUGGACUUAUUGAACUGGCAUGAUUGUUAUAGGUGUUCCAGGCAAAUUAGAGCACAGAUCUUUGUACGUCCGUCCGUUUUUAAAGGUUGAAUUCAAGACAGUAGGGAAGACAUUCUGCAGGGGGCACUUGGGGUGGGGGUUUUGCCACCGUAUAGUGAAUCCCUCGACAGCAAUAUUUGGGGUGAUGGAUGUUUAUGCUUAGGCAUUCGCAAAAAGCCGUAAUACUUCAAACAAGGUCCCUCAUAAUUCCAGCAGCUUUUUUGGUGUCGUUUGAAAACAACAGGUUUUAAACACCGCAAAAUCUCAAUUUUAUAAGUCAGACUUUCAAUUCUAAAGAAACAACUUUGUGCACUCUCAAAACCUACUAAAUUUUGUGUUUCGGCCAGUAGAAGAGAUCGAUUUUUUUUAUAGCAGUUUUAGCACAUUUUUAAGGCUUUGUACACACUUAUUAUCUAAAAUUAUUAUAUGGAGUUGGUGAGAGUACGGUAAGCACUGAAGCAAACUGAAUUACAGGUGCUGUAAAUGCGGAACCUGGACAUGCUCCGUCGGCAUGGUAACCACGGAACGUCCUCUAACCUUUGUGUACUACCUUGUGUACUACGAUAACCUCCACAGUUAAUGCUACACCCAUAGGGCCUCAUCUAUCAUUAAGCAGAAAAUAGCAGCUCUCUGGGGUGGCGUAGGGGCCCUUUCCCUGGGCAAUCCCACAAGCUGCUAAGCACAGUAGCCCAACAGUCCUAGUGCCACACUUUUGUGAGUAUUUACAGCAGCAGGAAGAGUCGUGCCCUUGGUUUUACACAAUGUGCCUUUGGUUUUAGUGUCUAUCCACCCAUUUUCUUUCCUGUAAUCCCACACGACUCCUUAAGAUGUUUGUUUGGCUAUACAUAUUUGACCAGCAGCCAAUCAUAUCUCUCCGUAUAGUACCUGUGCCAGAGCAGUCAGUACGGUUUCAUUACAUGGGUACUGUUUCUUUGAAUAAACACUAAUUUCUGCAAGCACCUGUAAAAUAAUCCAGUAUUAAAUAUACCGCACGGCUUUCUCAUUGGGUGAAUGGUGACUUUGUUACUGUAAUAUCUUCUGUCUCAACGUCAAUGUUGGUAACAUCAGCUGAAGCUGGGGGGUGUGUGUAUGCCUGGAUUUUACCUCAGCCUGUUGUGGCGCCAUGUUUCAGAUUCGAACCCAGGGCAUUUGUUGAAAGGGCAUUUCUCCCUGCGGUUUCAGUGGCUAGAAGGUACUGAUCUUGAUUGAAGGCCUUCCCACUCACCGUGUCCAACUUGCCAUACUCUGGAAUAAAGGUCCCCAAUAAUUUGAUGUCCGCAGACUGUUUUACGGCGUACAGGAGUUUUCAUGAACUGGCAAAACAGUGGAGGGAAGUUUAAGCAGCCCCUCUGGAAAACCCCCAAAAUUCCCCGCCCAGUGGAAUACUGGCCGCAGACUGGGGGUGGGGAACCCCUGUUCUAGAUUACCUAUGUGCAGGAUGUGAGAGUCAUCUUCUGGGGCCAGGCUUAAAAGCGGGGCUGCUCCGAAAAUCCUGCAGGCGUAGCUGAAACAAUGUAGCAUCACUCCAGAGCUCUUUUGUUGAACCUGGUUGGAUGCAUCCCUGCAGAAGCGGACGCGGUGUGACAACGUAUCCAGGGUGAGUCAGGAUGUGGCCCAUUGUGUGACUUGGGGUCAGACUCAUGCUACGGUCGGGUAGCCGGUGAGGACUUUCUAAGGCGCAUUUCCUGCCACAUGCUAUCUGUACUAAUGCUGAAACCAGAACUUGGCUACUGUAGGAGACCUCGAAUGAAUAACAGACUGAUUACUUGUUUGUGUUAUGCCUCUGUGACAUUAAAUGUACAUAUGUGGAAUUUGCAGAGUUCAUUCUGGAUGUGUAUCAUUUUUUUUUUUUGCCCCUGGAUAAUUGCUGCUGAAAACACACAGUGUCGUGGUGGGUUUUCAUCCUGGGGGGCCAGUUUUAUGACUGUAUGUAUUGUACAGCCGAUGAAGUGAACAUUUUUUAGUGAUCAUUUGUUAAAUUUUAUCGUUGUGGUCGGAAAAAUAAAAAAUACCAGUCUUUACGAA